CCUUGCUUUCGGCUGCGCCAGGCUGCACUUAUCACAACAGACAGUCAGUCAAUCCAAUCGUCUCCGUUCUUUACGCAAUCAACGAAGCCUUGCGGCUACCUUUUUUAUAAUAUAACCUAGAACUACUGUAGACUAUGCUGAUAGAAUGAUCAAUCACGUGUCGCGCGCUUAGUGCUUCACCCAAACUUUUACCAUCUAACUUAUCUCCACUGCCUUACCUACAGAGAGGUGGCUGCCCAGCCGCAUCCCACCCUAACUGACCCCCGGUCCAAGACGCAAAGACCAGACGUUACGCCAAUCCCUGACUUGGGUUGGUUCAAGAACAGAGCCACCCCUCCACUUCCUCCAGGAAUCUAUUGUAUCCUCGAAUGCGACCCAAUUCAUCUGUGUGCCUUAUUACCUACCUGUCUUGUUUUCAUUACUUUACCAACGUCCGUGGGAGGUGCGGCACCCUAGGUAUCUACCUGACCUACGUUGCCAAACUGCUGCCAUAUCACCCCUCACCCCAUUUCCUGGAAGAUAAGUCCACCAGACGCAUUCAUUCCACAGUCGCUGGCUCGCCAUCAGAAUUGGACGUUUCCCUCGCUGGUCUUCGGGCUUGGAUUGCUUAAAGCGACACGCCCGGGAUCAAAGGCUGCACUUUCGCAUCCCUCGACCAACUCCAGACUGGUCAAGUUAGUUCCCCGGUAGCCGGUACAUUCGCAACACCACAACCAGGCGACGCUCAACACAGUGCCUUCAACAUGAGCUUCUCUGGUAUGCUCAACCGCCUGCAUGGCCAGCCAGAGAGUUACGACAAGAAAUCAAAAUAUCGAUUCGGCAAAACCCUUGGAGCUGGCACAUAUGGCAUCGUCAGAGAAGCGGAGGGACAGACCGGCAAGGUUGCCAUCAAGAUCAUUCUGAAGAAGAAUGUCAAGGGCAACGAACGCAUGGUGUACGAUGAGCUCGAAAUGCUCCAGCGACUUCAGCAUCCGCACAUCGUCCGGUUCGUGGACUGGUUUGAGUCGAGAGACAAGUACUACAUUGUGACCGAACUGGCGACUGGAGGCGAGCUUUUCGACCGUAUUUGCGAGCAGGGCAAGUUCACUGAAAAGGAUGCCUCGCAAACUAUCAAACAGGUUCUUGGUGCCGUAGACUACCUACACAGCAAGAACGUUGUCCACAGAGAUCUCAAACCCGAGAACCUACUUUACCUGAGCAAAGCGCCCGAUUCGGAUCUGGUCCUGGCAGACUUUGGUAUCGCCAAGAUGCUAGACAGCAGGGACGAGGUCCUCACAACCAUGGCUGGCUCCUUUGGGUAUGCAGCUCCUGAGGUCAUGAUGAAGAAGGGACAUGGAAAGCCAGUCGACAUGUGGUCCAUGGGUGUCAUCACGUACACACUACUCUGCGGUUAUUCUCCGUUCCGAUCUGAGGGCCUUCAGGACCUUAUCGAGGAAUGCUCCAAUGCACAGGUGACAUUCCAUGACAGGUAUUGGCGAGACGUCAGCGAGGACGCAAAGAACUUUAUCAGGUCUCUGCUACAGGCCAACCCAGACGAUCGCGCGACCAGCGGUCAAGCUCUCCGACACCCGUGGCUCAGCGGUGAGAACGCAACGGACCACAACUUGCUGCCCGAAAUCAAGUCCUUCAUGGCAAAGGCCCGACUUCGACGUGGCAUCGAGAUGGUCAAGCUGGCGAACCGCAUCCAGACGCUCAAGCUACAGGAAGAAGACCCUGACAACACAGACAUGCCGGACGACGCGGUCGAGGCGGCAGACGAUUCACAGGGCAAUGCAGGAUCAUCUGGAGGCAGCGGACUGUUCAAGCCAGGGGAGAAGAAGACCAUGUCAAAGGCGGUGAAGGGCGCAAUCUUCCGCGAGGUGGUGCUGGCCAAAGUCAGGGAGAUGAAGACGCAAGAGGAGACGCUCAAGGUGGCGGAGGAGGUAGAGAAGGAGGCUCGCAGGAAGAGCUUCACUGGCUCAUGAAUGAGGAGCGCUCAGGUUGCUCUUCAACGCCGUCUCUUUUAAUGCAGCCUUCUUUCUUUGCCAUUUUGCCUUUCUUGACUACAUUGCCGUUUUCGGUGGGUUCUUUGCCUCGUUUGGGCUUGUUUUUUGCUUAAUUUGGGUGGUCACUGGAUUGAAUGACAGUUUGCAGCAUGGUAGUCGAGAUCCGUCCUCGCAAAGAGACACGGAUUGAAGUGUCAUAGGGGGGGAUAUGUGAUAGGAUACCUGCGCCAUCUUUUAGCGAUAUUUCAGUAUUUCAAAGUUACCAAUUGUUUUGUAUCUUCAUGCUUCUCCAACUCGAGCGAACAUACUUGCCAACAGCAAACGGGGGGGCUUGAUUGUGGCAAAAUCGGUGG